GGGGCUCCGCGCUCGGCCGCGGCCGCCGCGCCCUGGGCUGCGGGGAGGCCGCGGGGAGCGGGACGGGCGGCCGGGAGGGGCGGCUCUGCAGGGGCAGGGCAAAGCUGGGAGCUCUCUCGGGGGAUCUCUUGCCGAGCUGGCCGCUGCGGCAGCUCCGCCCCUGGCCCGGUGCGCGCAGCAUCGCCCGGGGGCCGCCAGGGGUGCCCCGUCCCGCGGGCUCGCCCGGCGCUGCGGGGGCCGCUCCCGCGCAGGGGCGGCCUGAGGUAGCGCCUGCAGGUAGGGGGAACCUCGUAGGCGGUGCUGACCUGACAUGAGCACUCUUAACAAAAGCGUUUUUCAGCCAUGUGGUGGAGGAGAGUGAAUGCAGAAGGAAGCUGCCCUUCUAGAUGCUGGUGAGGAGGUGCACGGCUGCUGUGUUUGAGCAGGGUGUUUAAAUGGGAGUUGUGGUGAAUUCCCACUCUGGAGGCUGAUGGAGUCAUGGGAGAUUUAUUAAAAAUAUCUUGAAGUCUUCAUACAAGUUUGGGUAAUGGGCCCCAUCAUGAUCGAAGUUGUGUUUACAACCAGAGUAACAUAGUAGAUGGAGUUUACUGCCUCCCAAUAGCACACUGGAUUGAAGUAUCUGGACAUACUGAUGAGAUGAAACAUACAACUGACUUCUAUUUUAAUAUUGCAGGACAUCAAGCUAUGCAUUACUCCAGAAUUCUGACAAACAUCUGGCUGGGAAGUUGCCCUCGGCAGCUGGAGCAUGUGACUGUCAAGCUGAAGCAUGAGCUGGGUGUUACGGCUGUGAUGAACUUCCAGACUGAAUCAGACAUUGUUCAAAAUUCCUGGGGUUGCAACCGCUACCCGGAACCCAUGAGCCCCAAGAUCCUCAUGAAACUGUAUAAAGAGGAAGGUCUUGCUUAUGUCUGGAUGCCAACCCCGGACAUGAGCACUGAAGGAAGAAUACAGAUGUUGCCACAAGCUGUCUGCCUCUUGCACGGGCUACUGGAGAAUGGACACACUGUCUAUGUUCAUUGCAACGCUGGGGUUGGCAGGUCUACAGCUGCUGUCAGUGGCUGGCUGAAGUACGUGAUGGGAUGGAGCCUGCGGAAAGUGCAGUACUUUUUGGUUUCCCGGAGACCAGCUGUCUACAUCGAUGAGGAAGCUCUGAACCGUGCUGAAGACGAUUUCUACCAGAAAUUUGGCCAUCUUCGUUCCUCACUCAAAGUGCAGGAGUAGAAAAGUAAAAAAGGAAAAGGAAGAUGAAGAGGAAUCCUUACAUUUGAACCCCAAGGACUUAGACAUCACGAGUUGGAUGUCUGCUCUGCAUCUCCUCUUCAGAUUACAAACUUGUCGUAAAAGUCAUGAGAAUUUUGUUUAAAGUGCCUUUGAGGUUUGUUUGGGUUUUUUUUUCUUUCUUUCUUUAAAAUUAUUUUAUUUAUGUUUUCAAGCCUUUUGCUUCAAGUAUGAGACCUAGAAACUCUGCAAAGGAAAACUUAGAAUGUUGUUUAACUACUUGCCUACAAGAAGUGUGGUUUUAGGGUAGAUGCUAAAUAAUGCAUGAUGUGAAAGAGAGAGACAAGAAAGGGAAGGCAUUCUCAGAAAAACAGAUACAAAGGCUGACUGGAUAAAGGUUCGCUUUUGUGGUUUGGGCCCAACAUGACAACAAAGGAACAGCCACAUUGCCUCUCACUCAACUCACCCCCCACCACACACACACACACACUCUGGGAUGAGGAGGACAAAGCUCAUGGGUUGAGACAAAGGACAAGGAGGGUUCUUCACUGAUUAAGAUCCCAGGCAAAACAGACUCAACUUGAGGAAAAAAAAAUAAUUUUAUUUCACACUGAUGAAACGCACACAGGACACAGACAACAAACUCCCCUGUCACUGGGGUCUUCCAAAGCUGUGCAAUCAGAGUCCACUGGCAGCAAAUCCUCUGGCCACAGUGGCCAAGUUCACCACUCCUGGCACCUUCAGGGAAUGUUCCACCACGUGCAGGGGGACAGCUGCCAUCUCGCCAUGGGUUGCAGGGAAACUUCUGCUUGGGCACCUUCUUCCCCUUCUUCCUCACCAACCACCAGCACUGCUCUCCUUCUUCAGCACCUGUUUCCUCCACCAGCAGUGCUCUCCUCCUUCAGCACAGCUCUUCUCCCCCUCCUUCUCUGCUUAGGUGUUAUAUCAGUUUUUUGUAUGUUAAAGGCAGAGGUGCAUCUGUUGUCCCUCUAAUGGCUCCUUGGCUGGGUUUGGAGCAGGGGGAGCUUCUCAGCUUCUUACCAGAUCCAGUCCUGUGGCCCUUCCCCACUACCAAAAAACCCACCAAACCAGAACAUUCAGGUUAGGAUGGAGCUGAUCAUCGUCUGAGCUGCUCAGUUAGUUUAGGUGGAGUGUACAUUAUUGAAGUAAUUUUGUAAUUUUGUAGACAAAAGGCUUUAAAGAGAAAGACUAGUAGGAAACUGAUUCUUCAACUCAUUUUCUUGAGCAAAAAGCCAAAGUCCAGUGUAGUGAACUAAAAUUUGCUCUCUCUCUCUAUUGAGUUAAUGUUAAGUAUUCUGAGUUACAGCUAUAUUCUUCUAUUACAUUGGAGUUAUGCUGGGAUGCAGCAUGGAAAGGAAAUGGCUCCAUGUCUUAAUCUGUUUCAGGAAAGAACUGCUAUUUAUUACACUAUCCUAAGCUGUAAGAUCUCUAAGCUAAAGGUAUAUUUUUUCCUUCUGGUCUAUGCAGUGCUGUACAGUGAGCUCCCUUGGUGCCAGGUCAAUCUAAGCAGUAACCACUGGGCUAAAACCAGAUGUAUAGGAACAGUGUGAAGGCUCUGGGCGUGAUUGAUGCCACAGCCUCUGUGUUGUUGACAUAGACUAAUUUCUUCACUAUAGCAAAAGUCUCUCCUAGCAAAAACAGUGUGUAGAUGUUCACAGGUGCUAGAUUUAGCCAAGUGAAGUGAAUACAUUCCUGUAUAGGAGCAAAGAGCAGCUCUGAGAACGGUUUCUCAGGAGCUUAGCCUCAAUAGGCUAAUGUUGGCUUUGUGGAAGAGCUCUAGUAUUUUCUAGUGCUGCUUAAUCCCUCAGUUAGCAACUAAGCAGUGGCACCAACAGGGCCAGCCCUGCUCAAAUAAAAGCAGUUUGCUGUAGGUUAAGUCCAAAAGAGAAGGGAGAGAAAGCAUUUCCUAAGGAACAGAGAAUUAAGGAUGCAUAAGCAUUAAGAAAGUAAUUUCUAUAGGUUUGUUCUUCAGUGAAAUAUAGUUUUUUUCCAGACAACUUGUUCCUCUAAAGACCCAGUCAAUGCCAGAGUAGUUUAACUGAUAUACAUUGAAUAUUUGAAUACUUAAUGGAGAAACGAUUAGAUAUUAACUGUUUAUGGACAGUCUUAUGUCAAGAAUAAUAUAAUGUUUUAUUUAUCCUAUACUUCAAUCAUCUUCAAAAGAAAAAAAAAAAUUAAGUGAUUCUGUAUGUGUGGUUUUGAUAAUGACUUUGUUUCUGAUUUUUGCAUUGAAAUAGCACUGCCUGCUUAGAAAGUGGAUGAGAAAAGCCCUCUAUUAAAUAAAAACAUAAUGACAAUUCCA